UUCCACUCUGUAUUGCCCUCUGCUCACAGCUCACCAUACCCACCAGUCCCCCACACCAAAAAGCCAUCCUCCUCCCUCCUCCGAUCCAACCCCACCCUCGUCCACCAACACAGAAAAGAAAAGGGAAAGGAACCUCAGAUUCACAACGGUAAAGCCUGCAGCACACUGCUCCUCGCAGCCCACCUCGAAAGCACGCACAGAGAGACGGCGCUCUGCGCUUGAGUGCGGCACAAGCCAGGAGCAGAGCAGGGAAGGAAUUUCCGAAGGGGACAUCCCGCAGCGCCACCAGAAGACCGCACCCGGAGGGGCAGCCUCCAAACGCAAGCAACCAAGCCCGGAGCACGACCGGCCAAGAGCGCGGAGCCGAGCCCAGCAUCUACAAAAAUGCAGCAGCAGGGGAGCGGCGGCGGCACGGGUAGCAGUAGUACCCCCACCGCCACCGGCGGGCGUAGGCGCGUGUCGGUGCGGGGCGCGGCCGCGGCGUCCACGGGGUCCGCAUCGGUGUGGGAGACGCGGAUGAGGAUGGACGAGGUCAAGGGCGGCGUCAAGGUCUUCAGCGCCGGGGGCGCCGAUGAGCCCGCCGACGAGGAGGGGAUGCGGGUGUACCGCCGCCUGCGCCGCAACCAGAGCGAGGGCAACGCCGGCGCCGGAACGGGCGCUGCGGCCGCCGCGGCGAAGAAGCGGCGCAACUGGAAGGCGUCCGAACCGGUCACCGCGAUCGGGGACCUCCGCAAGUCGCGCUCCGACGCCGCCGCCGCCGUGACUACAACGACGACGACCACCACCGCGGUGGUAGCGAGGCGGGCCGUGGCGAGGGUCACCACGCCCGAGAAGAAGGUUGCGCCCGCGGCGGCGGUCGGUGGAGGGGAGGUCAAGGAGGUGGUCGUCGUCGAGGUGCACAAGGCGGCCCCAGAGGAGGAGGAAGCCAAGGGCGUUUCGGAGGAACCAGUGGAGGAGGAGCUGGACGACGGCGUCGACGAAUUGGACGACGAGGAGUUGGAGACGGAGGAGGAGGAGGAGAAGGAGAUGCUGGAUCAGGAUCACAUGGCCAUCGACGACGACGAAACUGCUCUGCACCAAGUGGACGACGACGACCAAGACCUCGAGCCACCGACAAAAGCAAGGAUUAAGCCGACGCUGUCGGUGGAAGAUGAGAGAGCUGCUAACCCAGAGCCAGUGAAGCCGCCUCCAGAGAAAAAAUUAGCCUCGGCGAUCGAUCUCCGAGCGAUCAACCCGGAGUCUAUGACCCCUCCUUCAGUGGAGAAGAAGACGACACCCAUUGUAGUUCACCGCAUGACUAACUUCGAGACGGCAAAACCUUCUCCAGAGAAGAAAUCUUUGCCGGCGAUUGCUCGCCGGAUUCCGAAGCAAGAGCCUGUCAGCACUCCUCCAGUUGAAGAGUAUGAGGAAAUUCAGGGCAGACCAUCUCAGCCCAGCAGAAGCCAUGAAAGAAUGCAAAAUAUUGUGAAUUUGGUGAUGUGGAGAGACGUGUCAAAGUCUGCACUGGUGUUUGGAUUAGGGACUUUCUUGCUGAUUUCCUCCUCUUACGCCAAAGACCUAAAUUUCAACACAAUCACAGCAGCUUCAUAUGCCGGUCUAAUCUACCUUGGCCUCCGGUUCCUGCGCAAGUCCAUAAUGAACAGAGGUGAAACUGUGGAGUGUGAUGAUGAGAGAGACGAGGAGAGGUGCUACCUAGUUGGGGAAGAGGAGGCCAUCUGGCUGCUUAGGCUGGUGCUGCCAUACAUCAAUGAGGUGCUCCUAAAUCUGAGGUGUCUCUUCUCUGGCGAACCUGCCACCACCAUGAAGCUGGCAUUGCUACUGUUUGCGAUGGCCCGGUGUGGCAACUUUGUCACCCUCUGGACCCUGGCCAAACUGGUGUUCUUUGGGGUCUUCAUCAUCCCGAAGGUGUGCGCCUCUUACUCCACGCAGCUGGCACGAUACGGCAAGUUUUGGCUGGAGAGGUUCAGUGACGCCUGGGAGUCAUGCUCCCACAAGAAGGCUGUCGUGGCGGCCGUCUUCACCCUCGUCUGGAACGUUUCCUCCACGGUGGCGCGCGUCUGGGCGGUCUUCAUGCUGGUGGUGGCCAUGAAACUGUACCAGCAGCGCAUGGUGGAGUUCGGCUGGAGCAGCUCGGUGGAUGGCGGUGCCAUGGCAGAUGAUGAAGCGGCGGCGGACGAGGCGCACGGCGAAGAGCCGGCGGCGAAACCCAGCCCAUCCAGGACCCAGGGUGAGGCGCAGGUGUUCGGGACGGUGGCGGCUCCGCGUUAUAGACGGGCGCCGGUUUCCGGCGAGUUCGCCAGGGAGAGACUGAGGGUGAGAGGCGGCAUCCAGCCGAGGUGACAGGUAGGAGUGAGAUUCAGAGGCUGGCUUUGGUGGCCUGUUUUUCUAGGUUCCACCGUUGGCGAUCACGUGAUAGGCACCGGACCGACGUGUGGUCCGGGCGUGUUGUUUCAAGGACAUUUUGCGAUUGGCAGGCAAUAAAAAAAAGCGUCAGGAUACCGUGUAUCGCUCCAGCCUCAACCAAACAUUAAUCUAUCCCUUUGGCUUGUAGCUCCAGCCUCAACCAAACAUUAAUCUAUCCAAGGUUUCAACCAAACCAAGUUGGAGUAA